AGUAUUUUGAAAAUCAUUACACGCACACUUGGCCCGUACACAUACCAGAUGGUGAUAUGGAUAGCAAAGCUGAUGCAGUGGCGCAUGAUAACGGAUUUGUAAAUAUGGGCAAAAUAUUUCAAGAUCAUUAUCUGUUCGCUCAUCACAAGGUAGCAAAGCGAUCAGUGGAACCUUCUACCAAUCCAUCAAGACUUGAUGAAGAUGGACGUGUCACUUGGUCUAAACCAAAUUGCCAGUCCCGUCGGAAAAGGGACUUCAUACGAAUGAGGCCUUCACGAACUUCGUCGAGGUCCGCCUCUAAGGUAAAGGCCAUGCCUUUUACAGACCCUAAAUGGGAGCACAUGUGGUAUUUGAAUCGAGGCGGCGAUUUGGACAUGAAUGUAAUACCUGCGUGGAAAGAAGGUAUUACGGGCAAAGGAAUUGUGGUUACUAUCUUAGACGAUGGCCUUGAGUCCGAUCAUCCUGAUAUAAUAAACAACUAUGACCCAAAGGCUUCUUAUGACGUGAAUAGUCAUGACGAAGAUCCUAUGCCUCAUUACGAUUUGGCCGACUCAAAUCGACAUGGCACAAGAUGUGCGGGCGAGGUUGCCGCAACUGCAAAUAAUUCAAUAUGUGCUGUAGGAAUUGCGUUUGGUGCCAGUGUUGGCGGUGUCCGAAUGUUAGGGGACGUUACUGAUGCCGUAGAAGCUCGUUCGCUGUCUUUAAAUCCGCAACAUAUAGACAUCUAUAGUGCAUCUUGGGGUCCGGAUGAUGAUGGAAAAACGGUUGGACCAGGAGAACUAGCCUCUCGCGCCUUCAUAGAAGGUGUCACUAAAGGAAGAGCGGGAAAGGGUAGCAUUUUCAUUUGGGCUUCAGGAAAUGGAGGCAGGGAGAUGGAUAAUUGCAACUGUGAUGGUUAUACAAAUUCAAUUUGGACACUGUCAAUUUCUAGCGCCACCGAAGAUGGCUUUGUGCCUUGGUAUUCGGAGAAAUGUAGUUCUACUCUGGCAACAACAUAUAGCAGUGGAAGCCAGGCUGAAAAACAGGUUGUUACCACAGAUUUGCAUCAUUCGUGCACAGUAUCCCAUACAGGAACCUCUGCUUCGGCUCCGUUGGCGGCCGGUAUAGCUGCUUUGGUACUUGAAUCCAAUAAUAACCUAACGUGGCGUGAUAUGCAACAUAUUGUCGUAAGGACAGCUAAGCCAGCCAACCUAAUGGAUCCCACUUGGUCUAAGAAUGGUGUCGGCAGAAGGGUGAGUCAUUCAUUUGGCUACGGCCUAAUGGAUGCCGCAGCUAUGGUUAAACUAGCUCGUCAAUGGAAAACUGUUCCCGAACAGCAGCGGUGUGAAAUUAAUGCACCACAUGUCGAUAAAGUGAUUCCGCCCAAAAGUCACAUAACAUUGCAACUAUCAGUUAAAAACUGUUUGAACAUAAAUUUUUUGGAACAUGUUCAAGCCAAGAUUACCUUGACAUCACAACGAAGGGGCGACAUUCAAAUAAAUCUUAUUUCUCCUGCUGGAACAAAAGUAACUUUACUAACGCCUAGAGUGCAUGAUACUUCGCAUUCCGGCUUUAAUCAAUGGCCAUUCAUGUCUGUUCAUACCUGGGGCGAAUCUCCACACGGUAAUUGGCAAUUAGAGAUUCACAACGAAGGACGAUAUAUGGCUCAAAUUACUCAAUAUUUGAUUUUUUAUGGCACAGAAGAACCUGCUCAACCUGAUGAUCCUGUUCCUAUGGCCACGGACAAAUUCAACUUGGUUACUGCAGAAGCAGAACGCAAUAAUUUUGACUAUGGCUCAAAUAGUCAGUGGCGUGAUACACCAAAGCUUGGUGAAUCCGGUAUGGAGAACCACGAUCGCACAAAUACAAGUUGCCUGAAAGCUACAAUAAAUCUCCAGUGCUUAGUUUGUGCCCCGCCUACAUUUUUCUAUAGAGGACGUUGCUAUGAUAUGUGCCCUACCCAUACGUACAUCGCUAGGGGCCAAUUACACGUCGAUAUGACAUACAACAAUCUACGUGGACAGGCACCUGAUUAUGAGGAAUUGCAGGCCAACGAUCGAAAGAAGCGGAGCAGGGGAGCGGAAGUAGGUGAAACUGAUGAUGAUGGUCACACUUUAAACAGUCAAACUGCCUUUAUCUGUGAACCGUGUGAUAAAAGUUGCUUCAACUGUUUUGGUCCCUUGAGUUCCGAAUGUAAAACAUGUUAUAGUGGGAGCCAAUUGAAGAGACGACUGAAUACCAACGAGUCUUAUUGCGUCAAUUUUUCUGAAAGGAGUUCCGGCAAUGCAAUAGCAAGUCAGAGAUCAGAUCGCGACUACCGUUCUUUGCUAUUUUUGGUAUUUUUGGUGCCAUCUGUGAUAAUAAUUUUAGUAGUACUUUUGAACAAAUCUGAGAUAAGAUUUAAUAUCUGCAAAUGCCAACGGAAAGCCGGGAUUGAAUCAUCUGUCGAUUACAGAUAUGAUCGUGUGUCCUUAAUUGCUGACGAGGAAGCCCAAGAGGAACUGGAUUAAAACCUAACAUCUCUGAUCAACAAAAUUUCCAUUAUUUUAAUAAUGCUUGUGACACAAGGCCAGAUACAUCAAAUUUAAAUAAUGCAAAAGGGUUGCGGAACAAUGUUGCUCAUACUAUACUAUAUAAAGACUUAGAAGCUAUUACGCACUCUCUUUCAAUAGUCUUUUUUAUAGAAAAUAGUAUUGGUAAAGUUAUUGAAAUGAUUAUUUAAGACUUAGCAUAUAUUUAAGUCUCAUUAAAACUAACAUUUUAGCUAAAUAAUUCGAAAUACAUAAUAUUGUUUAAUAUAUGCA